AUGGCGACGUCUGAUUCCGCUUCGCAAAAGGCGAUCCUGCCGUUCGGUAUCGAGCUGCAACCGGUAGCGACGAGGCGCGUACCCGCGGCCACCAAAGGACCAACACCGCUCGACCGGGCUCUCGCAGGCGUCGACCGUCUCGUACGCGUACGAGCGCUUCGACCGCAGGUCGCAGCUGCGGCGGCUGCUGCUCCGGAGCCUGGCGCGGUGGCUGGUGACGGUGGUGCUCGCAAGAAGCUCGAGUUCAACACGCUCGUCAUUGCGCUCACUAUUGCGCUCAGCCUCAACAUUACCAGCUCCCUCAAGGCCAACGCCAUGGACCUGCAGUGGUGGCUGCUCAGCCUGCGCCGCUACAAGCCCCGCGAGGCCGACCUCAUCAUGGCCAGCGAGCACUUUACCACCAUGUUGCAGCUCGGCUGGACGACGCGCCACACGCUGAUCCAAAUCUCUGUCGUUGUCUUUGUUACCAUGAACAUUCACAUUGUUCCCGGUAGCAGAUCGCAGAACACUCGACUGACUUGCCAGGGCUCCCAAGUCGCCCUCGCCCUCCUGGGCAUCACGUACAACGUCAACCCCGCCAACAAGUUUGCCAUUACGAGGCCAGGUCUCGUUUCCAUAGCCGACUUGUCCGACAUCCAGGGCACAAAGGUCCUGUCCACGCCCCAGAAGCGCCAGAACCUGACCGAGGACGUCAACUCUCGGCGAUAUUCGGCCAACGUCUUUGGCCAGGUCGGGCUUGGCUUUGAUGAAGCCAGCGUCGAUCUCUUGCCCCGGCCCGGCACGCUGUACAAUCCCGAUCUGCCCCAAGUCUACUACUCUACCUCUCUACCGGCCGACUCUAACGACGGCAGCAGCGGCAGCAGCAACAACACUACCCAGGAGACGGACGUCGACCCCAACGCCUACUCGUAUACGUACGUCUUCUUCGAGUCGACGCUCGCCAACGCCAGCUACUCCAACACGGUGGCGUCGAACCGCUCCGUCACCGUAACGGCGAGCUGCGAGAGCUUUAGCGUCCUCGCCGGCGGCAACGGCCUGUCGCUCAACAUCACGGUGCGGCUCGGCGCCGCCGACGAGGAGGCCUACCUGCCCGUCGCCAACGGCGGCUCGCAGAUCCUGUACCUGCACGACCCCGCGAGCCAGGCCAACGACACGUGGAGCGAGGUCAACGCCUUUGAGCCGUCGGACACGAGCCCGUGGUACUACGUCUGUCAGGUCGCCGUCGGAAACGUCACCAACGCCGUGCUGCCGCAGCACGUCAUGGGCACCAACUUUACGCGCUACGUGCCGCCCGCCAUCGCGCUGCAGGGCUACGGCUCGUCCGCCGACGGCCUCACAAACGCCACGACGAACUACCAGUUCCAGAGCUACCCGGCGCAGACGUACUUUGGGCAGCCGGCGCGCGGCUCCGGCGCGCGCAUGGCCGCCCUCGUCAGCCGCUGCGCUGCCAACGCCGUCGCCGCGUCCGCCCUGUCCAACACCAACAUCGACGCCCCCGGCAUGACGCCCCAGCGCGCCAUCCAGCUCGAAAUCACAAAGUGGCGCUACGUCCACAUCAUCGUCGGCCUCACCGUCGGCGUCCAGCUGCUCAUCCACCUCGGCGCCGUGCUCGUCGCCAACCGCGUGCAGGUCCGUGAGCAGCGCGGCUUGUCCACCGCCUCGCUGCUGCGGCCGUUGCUCGCCGGAGUUGGCGACCGCGCGAGGAUGGCGAUGGGGAAGCAGAUUGCCAAGCUGAUUGGCAAGGGUGUCACCGUCAGAUACGAGCCUGUUGGCGCAGGCUUCGAUCUUUGCAUAUAUAGAGACGGAACAUGUGAGCGGUUCACACCAGAUACCCUCGAUAGAUAG